AUGCUGAAUAACUCAAAGUCAGAAGAUUCCCACCAUGGCUAUAAAAGUUCUGGUGAAGUGUUUUCCAUUUUCAGAAGCUCACAAAAUCGAACAAAGGGGGACUUGGCAAUAACUGCAAUGAUGAAAAUAGCAUCAUCUAAUAGGAAUCUACUACAUGGUACACUUCAAGGGCAGAGAGGCACUCAUAUCAUGGUAAGAGUUGGCCAAGAGGUAGUGACAAUGAUACUCACUGAAGCAGGGGGCCACCAUUUUCGCAUCAACUGUGCACAUGGUAAUCCUGAUGUUUGGAAUGAGAGAAUAAGAAGGGUGAAGAAAAGUUCUCAAAUUCUUGAGAAGCCAUGUCGGGUGCUCAUGGACUUAGCUGGACCAAAGCUUCGUACUGGCAAACUUAAUGCGGGUCCAUGUGUACUGAAAAUAUCCUCCAAGAAGAAUGCCGUUGGAAGUGUGAUAUGUCCAGCCAAGGUUUGGCUUUCUCCCCCAAGCAGCAGGUCUACUACCACCUCAUGUAUCUCCUGA